UAGAAAGCGAUUUGUGAAAACAUAUAGCCACGCCCACUCACAGACGUUGCCACGCAGUAGAGAGGGCGGACGUCGUUUCCAUGGGAACCAGUGCAACCAGGAAGUGGGCGUUAAGUCAUGUCCAGGUCUGUGAUGAAGCCCCUGAGCGUUGGAGCUUCUCUCCCCGAGUCUCUCUCGCUGCUGCACAGACGCCUCCUGGUGGCUGAGGGACAGGGGGCGGAGCUAGCGAAGAAGCUGGGAGUCUCUGGAGAUGAGCUAGGGGCGGAGUUUACGGACAGCUCGCGAUCUGAGGCUCUGGUGGCAAGAGUGUGUCGCCUCGAGAGUCUCUUACACACACUGAGGCUGAGCGUCUUCCGCAUCGAGACAGAGAGAGAGCUCAACUCGUCCCAUACAGCACGUCUACAGGAGCAGCUAGCGGCUCUCCAGGAGCAGUGUGAGGAGGAGCAGCGCUCCUCGCAGAGGGAGGUGAUGCGUCUGAGGGAUCAGCUGCAGCAGGAGAGGGAGGAGGCGCAGAGGGAGGCGCACACACUGCGGGAACAGCUGCACGUCUCACAUUGCUCUCAAAUGGAUGUCGCUAUAGCAGCGGACGAGCUAAAGAAGGUCAAAGUUCAGCUGAGUCGGAAACUCCAUCAGAUGAAGGAGGAGCUGGCGCAGGAGACAGCGGCCCGCCUGGAGGCGGAGCGAUCCCUCGAUGCUCUGCUGCAGAGAGUGAAGGAGAUGGAAGGAGAGGUGGAGAGAGAGAAAGAACAGGUGAAGCUUCUUCAAGCCGACUGUCACGCCCUAAAUGUUGACGGGCAGGAGGUGAGGGCGGAGCUAGAGGAGAAGGCGGAGCUUAUACAGAGCUUGCAGGAAGAGUGUCAGCAGCUGAGGCAGCAGUUAGAGGAGAAGGACAUUCUUGAAUCAGAUCUGUGCGCUGAGUUAAAGAGUGUGAAGAUAACUUUGCAGAAGCAGCAGCAGGAGAACCGUACACUCCUCAGGGGCAGAGAAGAAACGAGAGCAGUUACAGAUAAAGUUCAGGCACUGAAUGAUCAGUUAGAGGCUCAGUGCUCUGAUCUGAGUUCAGCUCUUCGCUCUGUCACUGAGGAGAAAGCGCAACUGCAGGCCAGUCUGAAGGUAGAGCAGGAGCGCGCUGCCCAGCAUCUGAAGGACGUGGACCUGCGGUUAGACACAGCCAAGAGGAACAUGCAGUGUGAAGUGCAGGAAGCUCUAGCAGAGAGACGCCUGCUAAACAAAGAGCUUGAGACUCUGAGGGCGGACCAUACCAAACUGCAGCAGAGCUCAGCUGUUGCCUUGGACGCAGCUGUCAAUCAUCAGGAGCUGCUGGAGCGAACCAUCAAGCGACUGCGGGGGGAGCUGAGCAAGGCGAUUAAAGAGGGAGAGACCAUGCAGAAGGAGAGGGAGGAGGUGUGUGCAGAGCUGGAGUGUGUGAGGACUAACUACAAAAGUCUGCAGGAGCAACUCAAACAGGUGCAGGAGGAGUUACAGGUGAAGGAAUGCCAGAUUUGUGUGUUGCGUUCGGAGAUAGAAUAUGUCCAGCGAGAGAACCUCAGGCUGAAAGAUCAGCUACACAACACACACACAAAGAACAGUGAGACUCUGCAAACUGAACUGGGAGACAAACUGGAUGAGCUACACACACUCAGACAAAGAGAGGCGGAGCUACAUAAGGCAAAACAAGAGAUUAACCAACUGACCAAGCAAGUCCACGAACUCCGGAAAGCAAAGCAUCAUGGGAGGAAGUCAGCUCAGCGGGAGGUGUGUGAGCUGAAGAAAGCUCUCGAUGAUGUGUCAUCUAGGUCAUGUGACCUCUCGCGAACCAAUCGGGAACUUCGGGAAAAAGUGCGUGAGCUGGAGAACCUCGUGUCCAAUCAGAACGCUCGAAUUAAAGCGCAGAAGGUUCAGCUAAAGCAGAGAAACAAGACAGAACUGAACGAUUCUGCUAGGUCUCGGUCACUGGAGCAGCUGCGUAACGACGUUGCGUCUCUGCAGGUCGAACUGCUCGAUCUCUCCUCCAGCCAGCAGGAGGAGCUGCAGGCAGAAAGACGCCUCACACACACACUGCAGGAGAAAUGCGAGAUGUUAGAGGAGUGUAUAGUGAAGCUGAAAGAGGAAAGAGAUGACGCUGAAUGGAAGAUGAAGGAGGUCAGCCUCGAGUCCCAGCAGAUCUUCGAGAACCUGCAGGAGGCGCACAGCUGGUUCCGCUCCAAAUUCGACAGCUUGAAAAGUGGAUUGGAACACAGCCGCGCGCCGCUUCAGGAGCAAACCGGCGACUUCCGUGGCGACGGAAAAGAGACUUCACCUGCGCAGGAUCCCAGUGAGGUGGUGUGUGUGGCUGAGCCGGAGCUGGAACGUUGGGCUUCUGCACUACAGCGCUGGGAGACGAAGAAAGAGCUGGACCGCAUGGCUAACAGCUAGAAAGCUGCAGCACGAACACACUCGCUGACAUAGCGCACACACACACACACACACACACACUAUAGAAAUGUGCCUCAGUACAGGAAGCUCCUGUAUGUCCUCAGGAUCUCAUGUUUAUUUAUUUAUUUAUUGUUGAAAACAGAUGAAAAUUAAUAUCAAUUUCUAUAUGACUAUAUGACACUUUUGUAGCCAAUCAUCAUGAGUGUAUUUUUUCACGUUAUAAGCCGAAUAAUAAUAAUAAUAACAAUAAUACUCCAUUAGGGUUAAGUUAGAAAUUAGCAGUCGCUAGUUAAGAGCUCGUUGUAAUUUAUAACGCCUUUAAGUACUACCUGUGCUCUCGUAAAUAUAUAUUCUUGACCUGCGAGAACGAUGCGUUAGCUAGCUAAAUGAUUAGCCUUAUUCAUCAGCUUGUCAGACUUACAAAUGUAACGCUUUAACGAUAAGUGUAUCACGUGGGUAAGUGUAUCUUUCCAUUCACGAAUUGUUUUAAUUUACGCUGAUGUGUGAUCAGUCAGCGCUAAGCAGCUAGCACUACGUAGCCGCUACUCAUCCAUCCGACUGCUAGCUAACAGUUUCUACUCUUUCUAUUUUCGUCUUAUCGUUAAAUAGAGAUGUUUCAGUGUGUCUAAAUCAUAAAUAAACUAUUUAGAACUAUUUCGAAUCGUCACUUCUCAUGACUUCCUGCGUUAAGGAACUGAUUUGUUUUCUACAGAACCGGAUUCCUGAGUUCGGUUUAUGAUCUCUAACUGAAUCUUCUCGCAGCUUUAUGUAAGGAAUAAAUCACUUGGGGGUGUGCGGUUAUAGGAAAGUAAUUAAGGACAGGGUGGUGUGACGCGAUCCACUGUGACGCGGAGUCACUGUUACCCCCGAACGCUUGAUUAUUUUACCUUAACAGCAAAGUGUAAAAUCGUUUCCUUUAAAGUUAUAGCGCUGACACUGGAGACUCCUUCCCACACACGUGAAAUAAACGGCGUGUGUACGCGGAGCACCUGCCGUACCAGCGGUUACUAUAGAAACGGGAAGGAGUUAGAACCAGCGCAUUAAACCUGUCAGAGCGGCUGCUAUAGAAAAUUAAUCAACGCCUUCUGACCAAUCAGAUUCGAGAAUUCAAUAGAGCUGUGGUAUCAGAUGUACUAUUUUUUUUAAUACCGUGUUUUAUAUAUUAUAUAAAGCAUUCUCUAAUGUUAUUAUUAUUAUUGUUGUUGUUUUUAAUACUGUGUUUUAUAUAUUAUAUAAAGCAUUCUCUAUUAUUAUUGUUAUUAUUAUUAUUGUUGUUGUUUUUAA